CUCAGACGUCAGAUUUACAACACAUAUUCAUUUCACACAAAGGGAAACCAAACCGAAAACGAAAACGGAAAGAUGAAGGCCUCAAUCUUUCUAUCAUUAUCAUUUAUAGCCUUACCUUUGGCCAAUGCCGUCUGCUACUACCAAGAUAUCGGAUUGUGGGAGAAAAAGUGGCGACUAAGCACCUACCGAUCGCAAGAAUGCAAAGACAAAACCGGGGACUGGCUAAAAUCUGGCUUCGGGACAUGGUGCAUCAACAUCCCCAACGACACGCGCUCCUUUAUCUUCACCGUCGGAGGAGCGUAUAAUGAGCUUAACUUGGAGGACUGCCAGAUCUUCUUCAAGACCAAUAAUGACUGCACUGGCGACCAGGUCGGCAGGUCAGACGGACAGUGGUACAAGGGGAAGUUGAGCAAGGAGGGCGAGAGGAUGGCUAGCGCUUAUGUACAGUGUACAAGGCUGAUUAAUAAGAGGGAGGGCGCAGAGGGCGAGAAGGAUAGGGUUUUUAUUAGGGCCCAGGAGGAUAGUGAGUGGUAUGAGGAGGUUAGUGAUGGGGUUGUGGUAAAGGCCGAUGUUCCUACUGAGAAAUUGGAGGCUGAGGCGGAGGCUAUUUAGAGGUUGAGUGUGAGGUUGAUGGAAAUAGACGCCACUUGGCGCUGUCUUCUUCUGUAAAUUACCAGCUAAAACGAUUUAAAGAGCAAAUUAAUAAUUUAUAAGGUUGAU